CGAUCUUUGACGGCCAAAGAGAAUAACCUAAUAUUAUGUUCGUGUUGACGGCUGAACCCAAAAUAUAAACGGAUUGCUGGCCGAUUUCAUUAAUUUAUUGCAGUAAAUUUACUAUUAAUUGUCAAUAAAAUACAUUUGUUGUAAACACAUAAACUACGAGAUCAUUUACUUUGGUAUUAUUUGGAUGUCUUUAUCAUAAAGCUAUACGUUAGAAUGGGGUUGUUAUCAGACCCUGAUUACGGUUCGGUAAAAUGGGUGAGGGUUCUCAAAAAGAUUCAUUCGCCCUUGUGUAUGUUGUGUUAUGUGGGGGCCCUAGUGUGGUUCAUGAUGCUGGGCAACAAGGAGUUCAACAACGAGACGUAUUUCUCUGAGAACGCCCUGCUACCUGGACUGGUGACAAAUGAGUUUAACGGUGAACAAUCGGCUAAACAAUUCUUCAGCGAGUUUCAGCAAGAGCUUGAGGACAAAUAUGAUGAUACUGAUGAUAUGCCAGUACCCUGGUUGGUGGCCAAGAUGUCCCAACUGCAUUUAGAAGUAUACACCCAUAAUUUUACUCUUAACUACCCUUUGGGACAAGAACAGGUUUAUAAAGGUACUAAUGUGUAUGGCAUCUUAAGAGCACCUCGCACUUCUUCCUUGGAAGCCUUGGUUGUGACAGCUCCUUACAGGUCAAUAUCCUCACACCAGAAAGGCACCGGUGCAGGCAUAGCUUUAAUGUUAGCAUUUGCACAGUUUGCAAGAUCUCAAAAAUACUGGGCAAAGGACAUAAUAUUCCUAGUAACUGAACAUGAGCAACUAGGAAUGCAAGCAUGGUUAGAAGCGUACCACGGACUCCAGAGUGAUACUAAGACAUUCUAUUCAAGUCUUGGCAGUUUCUGGCAGGCUGGUACUCCCUCCCUAGACUUCAGUAAAUUAGAAGCUGGAUUCAAUUUGGCGAGUAGCCACGAAAGGUGCUUGAAUCCAGGAACACUUAGAGGAAGAUCGGGGUCUAUUCAAGCAGCUAUUAACUUAGAGUUUCAUACUCCAAAAAUAAAAUACAUAGAAGUGAAAGUUGAAGGGCUCAAUGGCCAAUUACCAAAUCUGGAUCUAGUCAAUUUGGUACAUAGACUGUGCGUCAAAUCUGGUAUAAAUCGCUCAUAUAAAAACAGCUAUUCAUGGAUAAGGGCGCGUAGCAAGACUGACGAGUGGAUGAGUGGUGUGUGGACAAUGCUAGGCAUGGUGUCCGCCCAGGUUGCUGGGGUUCCCAACGGAAACCACGGCCUUUUCCACCGUUUCGGCAUCGAAGCAGUGAGUCUGGAAGGCCGAGACGCCGACGACCCAGCCGGUACCCCGCCUAAAGUCACCGGCCUUAAUGCAGCUAACUUCUAUCGACUGGGCAUCGCAUUAGAAAGCAUUCUAAGGUCCUUGAACAACCUCUUGGAGAGAUUCCACCAAAGCUACUUCUUCUAUCUGCUGGCUGCUACAAAUAGGUUCAUCUCGAUCGGCCAAUACAUGCCAUCGUUAUGUUUACUCUGUGGUGCUAUGCUAGUAAAAGCUUUAGCUCUCUGGGUCACAAUACGGAAAGAUGGCGACGAUGAGCCAGACAAGCUCGCAAGUGGCAAACAUAAGAAAACUGACUCCGAUACACCAGAAAAACAUAAACAAGAAGAAGUAAAUGAUGAUCUUAAAAGAGAUGAUGAAAAGAGUGAAAUACGUCAUAGAAAACCAAAAGCUCUUGAGACUGAAGUACCAGGACAGCAGAAAUCUGAGAAAGUUGUCACACCAAAGAAGUCAAAGAAGGUGAAAGAUGAAGAAUCGACUAUGAGUGUUGUGAAUAUAGGCACGAACUAUUUCGUAGUCCAUUUGUUGGGUUAUGCAGUGAUGAAUUCCCCCGCGCUCCUCAGUUAUAUUGGUGCCAAAUACGGUCUACCAUCAGAGGUUUCAGUUUACUACGGACUCUUAAUCAUAUCUGCACUCUUAACAGUAUUCACACCGUUGAUGCUCAAACUCUUGCGCAGAGGUCGUAUGAGUCACGAUGAGUUGACCCUAGUUAAUAUACUUUUGCUCAUUGAGUUGGCUACAGUGUGUUUGGCUGUGGGAAUGCAUAAUUUCUCAUUGGGGUUGGUUAUUGCAGUACUGUAUACACCCCUGUCUUUGAUGGUUGGAGUGACAACAAACAGUGGAAAAAGCAGUAAAAGUGCAUUUGUGCUGGCAUUAAACCGGAUACUAUGCUUGUUACUGCAGCCUUUGUGCUGUGUGACGUUGUGCAUGAUAGCGUAUAGCCACGUUCUGUUUCCGGAAGAAAAUGUUCUGGAGAUGGUUUCCAGGGGCAAGGAUGCGGCUAUGCAAGCUACCAUGUUUGCUGUCGUAGAUUCUAUGAUUUACGGCAAUUGGCUCUUCAACGUGGUCACGUCUCUGAUAUUACCAACAUGGCUAUUGUUCUGGCAAAUCCUUUGCAAUAAAGUAGAUUGAUGUAGUUACAUUCCUAUGAGACUGUGAGUUAUUUAUUUUAAAAUAAAGACUAAUUUAAGGUUUUUAUUUUUGUUUAAAUUGCAUCUUCGAAGUCGUUUUCACGUUCGUUGUUCAAGAUUAGACUUAGAAUAAACUUAAAUUAUAGAAAUAAAAAAAACAAGCUGUAAUAUACAUUCUAAAGUUAUUUUUAGUCUGCCUUAAUAUGGACAUUACUUUUUACAAUUUUUUUUUCUCAAUUUGUCCGUUAUUAUUGUUAAAAAAGUUUUUAUACAAACUGAGUCGUGUCAAUAUAAUUAUGUAAAUCCAUUAAUUUUUGGACACUAUUUUAGGGCAUUUUUUGACAACAUUAAUAAUGGUGUUUUAUAAUAUAUAUAUCAACCAAAUUUUCUUUUUCACGACAUUUUAGUCGAACUACAUAAUCUUAUAAGUAACAUAUCAUUCACGAAAUAUGUCAUUCUCUAUUAAGUGUACAUUAAUUUAUUUAACACAAUUUAGUUUUAUAGACUUUGGCUUUAUUUGCACACAAUAAUUUCCAUCAGAUAAAAAACACAUCUGCUAGACUAUUGGCCGUCCCUUUCUGGGCGUAAACAUGUCUUGUAUCCUGUCCAUGGUCAAUCCUUUAGUUUCCGGUUGGCAGUAGUAACUGAAGGCUACAGUUAAGAAACAUAUGACAGCGAACAUGUAGAAUACUGGCCCUAACCCUAUCAGGGCAACCAGUGGAUUGAAUAUAAAUAAUAUGAUUGAGUAGCUCAGGAAAGUCCAUUCAAUCACCAGCAUGGCGACGAAACUUUUCACCUGUAACAAAAUAUGUAUAAUAGUGAUGAGGACGUAGUUAAUUAAACGAAAUACUAUUUAAUCCAUUACAUAGAUUAUCAAAAAACU